GUUGCUUCUAUUUGGACAUGCAAUGAGUACAACUUCAGAUAACCGUGUUCAACGGGGACAAUACAACAUGCAGUUCCGCUCCGCUCCAGCAGGUGGCAGUAGAGCGCCCGGUAAACAGUGAAGAAGAUCGCGGGUCAAAGUUGAAUUUCCACAAAAAAAACAUGGUUGAACACGGGGACAUCCGCGUGGUUCACCGAGGUGGCAGUAAAAUAAACUCCAGGCAGCCUGUCGUCACCAACGACUCCAGGUUCCUGCUGUGCGCCUCGGGGGAGCGCGUGAAGGUGUUCAGCACCUCCACGGAGGAGUGCGUGCACGACCUGCGGGGACACACCGACCUGGUGACCGGUGUGCUGCUCAGACCCACCAACCACCUGCAGGUCUACUCUUGCUCACUAGAUGGCACUGUCAGGCUUUGGGACUUCACAGACGGCAUCCUUAUCAAGACUUUCGAUAUUGGAUACCCGGUUUACGCCAUCUACGCAUCUCCAGACCAUGAAGGGGUCUUCUUUAUCGUUACUCUCACGCCAGGUGACAAAAGAUCUGAGUUGUUCCAGCUGGUUGCGGUACAUUUUCCGCAGAGCGGAGAUCAGUUGGUGGAGGCCCGAGAGCUUUCUGCUGUGCUCAGCGACGUCAGUUCCAACCCAGCAGCCACCGGCUUCGGCAGAGGGGGGCAAUACAUUGCUUCAGUUAAAGGUUUGCAUCUGGUGGUCUACUUCUUCAAGAAGCAGAAGUCCUACAGGUUUUCCCUUAAAGAAGACAACAAGAAGGGAGGCAAGAACACGCUGGUGUGCAUCGCUUGUCACCCGAAGGACGACUGCAUUGCCACCGGGCACGAAGAUGGCAAGAUUCGCUUGUGGAGAAACUUCAACCAGAAGAAGGAGUACACGUACACCACGAUGCACUGGCACCACAACGCCGUCAGCUCGUUGUGCUUCACACCGGAAGGCACCAACCUGUUGAGCGGCGGCGUGGAGUCGGUGCUCGUCCAGUGGCGAUACAAACAAGAGAGCGAGCGGGACUUCCUGCCCCGCUUGGGCUCGGCCAUCACGCACAUCGCCGUCUCCCCGGAUGGAACUCUGUUCUGCACCUCGCACAGUGACAACAAGAUUAUGAUAAUCCAGAGUUGUGUUCAAGUGUCGGCCGUCAUUCAGGGCCUGGUCAACGGUGAAAGCGUCCUGACGGACUUGCUGGUGGACCCACGCAGCAAAUCCUUGGUGCUGAACGGGAAACCGGGCCACCUGCAGUUCUACUCCCUCCACAGAGACAAACUGCUGUACAACCUGGACAUCGUGCAGCACGAGUACAUCCACGAGUUGGGCCUGCAGCAGUUCGAGGUCGUCUCGGUGGCAUUCGACGCCCCCGGCAACUGGAUGGCGACGGUGGAAGAAAGAAAACCCAAAGUCGCCGAGCCGGAGAUCAACUUGAAGCUCUGGGCGUUCGACGAGCAGACGCAGAGCUUUGUGCUCAACACGACCGUCUCGGCGCCGCACGAGGCCCGGAUCACGGCCAUGUGCUUCAGCCUGGCCGCCGACAGCCAGACCUCCGUGCUGGUCUCCACCAGCGCGGACGGACACUUCAAAGCCUGGCAGCUGCCCCGAGCCGCCUGCGCAGAGGACGAAGGUCCUUCCUGGUCGUGUGAUUUCGUCGGAGACUACCGCGGCCUGGCGCCAGAGUGCUGCUGCUUCUCCGCCGAUGGGUCCCUGCUGGCCGUCAGCUUCCAGGAGGUGGUGACCGUGUGGAGCCCGGCGUCCUGGGAGCUGCUGACGACGCUGUCGCAGCCGCCCAAAGCCAUCAGGGAUCUUUGCUUCGGCCAACUAAGCUGUUCCAAGUAUCUGAUGGGAACCACCGGCAGCGGCCUGCUCUGCUGCUGGAACCUCCUCACCUGCUCACUGGAGUGGAGCACCUCGAUGGACGUCAGCCUGCUGCUGAGUGACCCCCUCACUGAGAACAUGGCGGCCUUCUGCUGUGGGGCUGAAAGCACCGACUUGUUCAUCUUCAAGCCCAGCGAGCCCCGGCCCCUGGCGUCCCUCAAGGCCGUGUGCUCGGGGAAGGUCACGCACGCCGUCUUCUCCCCGAGGGACGAGAUGCUGGAGAGCUGCGAGGAGAGCAGCCAGUGGCUCAACCGCUCGCAGCUCUACUUCCUCACGCAGUACAUGGACCUCAUGACGUUCACCACGAAGGCCGAGGAAGAGCGACAGGCGGCGUACAGCAAACGGCUUUUCAUCGAUGACAGCGUUGCCAUGACGCCGUUCUACCUGUUGCUGGGCAAACACCGGGAACAGGAAAAUCAAGACUCUCUGAGCCGCCUGCCUGACGAGACGACGCCUCUGCCUCGGGGCUCCGUCGCCAUCAAGGAGCUCCUGCAGACCCCGGCCCACGUGUUGCCCUCCACCUCGUACCUCUGUUCCAUGUUUAUUCGCUCGCUACUCGUCUCCGUGACCGACGGCAGUGAGGAGAGCAAACACGCAGAAGAGGAAAUGGAGAGCAAAAAGGAGGAAGAGGAUUCUGAGGGGGAAAUGGAGCCCAGGACCCCGAGACCAGAGCCGGUGUCCCCGGGGCUCCGGCCGGCAGACUCCGCCCCCCUGACCAAGGCCCAGCUGAGGGAGCUGAGGCGGGUGAAGAAGCUCGACUACGGCUGGCUCACGGACCUCCUGCUCUCCUGAACAAAGACACUCAAGAAAGAAAGUUUUCACCACCAUCGAUGUCUUUUUGGGGGGAUGUUUUUGGUGUGUGAUUGUUGCCAUGGUUACACCCGAAUGGAUCUCCUGGGAAGAGAAGCAGACUGCGGCGAGCUUCCCCCUUUCGCUUCUCCCCGAAACUUCACACACGUGCAUCAAUGCACAAGCUCCGUAAGACUUCCACAUGCAUCAGCAAUGUGGGAUCCCCCCCCCGAUUUUGCUGAAGUACAGUCUUUGGUUGGGAGAUUGAAUACAAAUAUAUAUAUAUACAUAUAGUAUCAGACAUAUUCGCCAUGUACUUGCACAAGCAGUAUUAAAUACAUGCAUACACACUCACUCUACUUUUAAACUGCUUAUAAAUUGAAUAAAACAUGUCUUUCUUAAAUC